AUGGGACUCGGGGCAAGUAAGGCUAGCAACCUGCUUCCCUGGUACUCUAAAUAUGAUGCUGGCAAUAAUCAGAGCAAAAUGCCUCAGACCUUUGGAGGUGAUGGAGUCCCACCUCUAACUGACAAACCAGGGACUCCUAAGAUACGACUUGGCAAACAAAUGGUAAUGAGAUGGGGAGCUAUUAAUAUCAAUGGGGGCUACUCUGGGAAGAAGGUAGAGCUGGCAGAGGCUGCAAGUAAGAUGGGGCUGGACGUUUUAGCUGUUAGUGACAUUCGGGUAAGGGGUGAGAAAGAAGAGGAAGUGGGAGAAUACAAGGUCUACCUGUCAGGCGUCAAAGCAGGAAUAGCACAAUGGGGUGUAGGGCUUUACAUCAGGAAAGAAAUGGAACCCAGCGUAGUUGCAAUAAGGUAUGUAAACGAACGACUGAUGUGGAUAGAUUUGACAGUGUCUAGCAAGAAAAUUAGGAUUGUGUCAGUAUAUUCGCAUUGUGAAGGGACAGAUCAAGAUAAGAUGGAUAGUUUUUAUGAGGCACUCAGUGAUGUAGUUGUUAGAGUAAAGGACAAGGACAGUGUUCUGCUCAUGGGUGAUUUUAAUGCCAGGAUUGGAAAUCGAACAGGAGGGUAUGAAAAGGUUAUGGGUAAAUUUGGAGAGGAUAUGGAGGCCAACAGGAAUGGGAAACAACUCUUGGAUUUCUGUGCCAGUAUGGGCUUAGUAAUCACAAACUCCUUUUUUAAACAUAAGAACAUUCACCAGUAUACUUGGGAAGGCAGGGGAACCAGAUCUGUCAUUGACUAUAUAAUAACAGAUCAGGAAUUCAGGAAGGCUGUGAGGGACACACGUGUAUUCAGGGGAUUCUUUGAUGACACUGAUCAUUAUUUAAUCUGCAGUGAAAUUGGGAUUGUGAGGCCGAAAGUGCAGGAGACAUAUUCAUUGAUCUGCGCAGAGAUAUUCACUUACGCUGUAAUAACAUUUGUCAAGCAUGUGGUUCUUUAUAUUCUAAUACAGUUGAGCAUAGAAAUUCAGUUACACUGGGAACGACUUUCAAAAUUUUCAGUUUCUGUGCGCCAGUGGUUUCACUAUUUCAUUAGCUGUUUUCUUUACUAG